AUGCCUACUGUGCGCCCUGAUUUCAAAGGAUACUAUCCGCGAGCGCACUGGGCGAUUGAAGCUCUACUUAGUUCACCGGAAUUUAGUACUUUGAAGUGGACGUCUCUUCAGCCAAAUGCGUUUUUAACCUACUAUGUUGCUUCCGCUGUCGAGUAUAUUAAGCAGUAUAAGCGGACUGGCGAGCAGGGUACGCUGAGGCUGAUGGCGGCGAAAGACGCGCCUGUAGGUUCUGUUGACCCCAAUGAAGUUGGCAUCUUCGCAGCACACCUUCUGGCCCUGGAUGAUCCGAGUUCGCAUAGCGGGGCCAAGUAUGUCCUGAAUGGACCGGAGGAUAUUACGGGUGAACAGCUUGUGGGUUUGGUGGAGCAGCAUAUUGGUACGAAGGUGAAGGACGUGAGCUACCAAGAUCUGGGGUUCUUGGAUGCGCUUCUAGCUAGUGGCUUUGGAGGACUGGGCCAAUCAAAGACUGUCAUGGGGUCUCUUAAGUAUGGGUUGUUGACCAUGUGGGAAGGGACGUGUAGUGCUUCGACGACCAGCAAAGAGGUUUUGGAGAUUGCUGCCCCAAGGACGACGCCUGCCGAGAUGGUGAACAAGUUGUUGGAGGAAUAA